UCUGACCUUCGGCGGCGCCGGGGUGAAAGGGCGGGUGGCCAUUUUGUGGCGGUUGGUCGCCCCUGAGGCCGGGGGCCUGGUCCAACCAGGCCAGGCCGGGUCGGGUCGGGCGAGUCCCCGCCAUGUCGUCGUUCUCGGAGUCGGCGCUGGAGCGGAAGCUGUCGGAGCUGAGCAACUCGCAGCAGAGCGUGCAGACGCUGAGCCUGUGGCUUAUCCACCACCGCAAGCACGCCGGGCCCAUCGUCGUCGUCUGGCACCGGGAGCUCCGCAAGGCCAAAUCAAGUAGGAAACUGACUUUCCUAUACUUGGCGAACGAUGUCAUCCAGAACAGUAAAAAGAAGGGACCCGAGUUUACUAAGGAAUUCGAAUCGGUGCUCGUGGAUGCUUUUUCACAUGUGGCCAGGGAGGCAGACGAAGGGUGCAAGAAGCCCUUGGAACGGCUGCUGAACAUCUGGCAGGAGAGGAGCGUGUAUGGCGGGGAGUUCAUACAGCAGCUGAAACUGUCCAUGGAGGACUCCAAUAGCCCCCAACCCAAAGUUACAGAGGAGAAGAAGUCCCUGAAGAGGACGUUUCAGCAGAUGCAGGAGGAGGAGGACGACGACUACCCUGGCAGCUACUCACCACAGGACGCCAACGCUGGGCCCCUUCUGGCGGAGGACUUGAUCAAAGCCCUUCAAGACUUGGAGAACGCCGCCUCGGGCGAUGCCACCGUGCGGCAGAAGAUCGCUUCCCUUCCCCAGGAGGUUCAGGAUGUGUCCCUGCUGGAGAAGAUCACAGACAAAGAAGCGGCCGAGCGGCUGUCGAAGACGGUGGAUGAGGCGUGUUUGCUGCUGGCGGAGUACAACGGGCGGCUAGCCGCAGAACUGGAAGACCGGCGCCAGCUGGCACGGAUGCUGAUUGAAUACACGCAGGCGCAGAAGGACGUGCUGACGGAGAAGGAGAAGAAGCUAGAGGAAUACAAGCAGAAACUGGCCCGAGUGACCCAGGUGCGCAAAGAGCUGAAGUCCCACAUCCAAAGCCUGCCGGACCUCUCGCUUCUGCCCAACGUCACAGGGGGGCUGGCGCCCCUCCCCUCCGCAGGGGACCUUUUCUCUACUGACUAGGACACAAAAUGGGGGGGGGAGGCUCUGCCUUACCUGCCCCGGCACCAGACCCCCUUUCGUCCGGAUGGAUCCUCGCGGGAAGCUGAGCACGGAAGGGUCGGGCGGAGGGACCCCGCCCUGCACCCAUCUCCAUCUCCACCGGGGCUGGUGCCCGAUAAUCGGGUGACAAGGGGGGCGAAGAAAGGCGGGCAGCGAAGGACACCACCUCUUGUUUUUGGGGAGGGGCACUUCCGGCAGUCACAAAUCAUGUGUGCCCAGAGCCUUCGAAGAAUUUUUUGAGUUCUGUAUUGGUUUUAUUUUUCUUCUCCUGUAUUUGACACAGAAAAACCAAGCAAAAACUGGAUUGUUUUGAGGGGGGGGGGGUGUCAGGGUCAAUUUUGGGUGGGAGGGGGACCACGACCUGUGAGUCAGGAACGGCAGAGGCAGCUGUUUGACGGAUCAGCCCAGGGGAACUUCCGCCCGUCUUCACUGGGCAGCUCCCUUCCCAGUUUCCCCCCCCCUCCCCCAGCCAGUCUGCAGGAAGGACAGGAAUAGUCCAUGCUGCCCCCUUGCAACGCACAGAGCCCAUGGCCCUGGAUCUACCCCCUAGGUCGGGCUGUCCUCUGCAUGCGGGCCCUUUCCAUUUUGCAACGCGGCCAACGUAUAAAUGAAAGGAUUCGUUUUGCCGUCAGAUUCAGGGGGUCUUUUCUGCUCCUCUCUGCAUAUUUGGUGGCCCUAGGAGUUAUCCUCUCCACUCUUCUUCAGAGGGAGGGUCUCCCAACCGUGGCAACUUUCAACACUCGUGGACUUCAACUCCCAGAAUUCCCCCCGGCACAAAUGCCUUCCUUUUCAUGCGUGGCCCGCUUACUCUCUUGUCAUCCUUCCUUCUGCAAUCUCUCCGCUCUAAGGAACGGCUGGCUGGGGAAUUCUGGCAGUUGAAGUCCCACCAGUUUUAAAAGUGGCCCAGGUUGGAGACCCCUGCUGUAGAAGGCUUUAAAACCCAAUCCUUUGGCUCUCGGUACGUGGAAGGGUCGGGCUUUCUGCUGGGUCCCCAUAGCCACUCUCUUCCCCCCCCCCAAAAUCCCUUUCUCAGGGUGGCCGAUUUGGGCCAUGGGUCCCCCAUCUCCUCCGUCAGCCCAAUUUGGCAGAUGUGCCCCCCCCCGGACCUCUUGUGGAGGAAGCACAACUUCCAGGGGUCUUUUGCAUCUGGAAGCAAGUGGAGCUGAUCCCCUUCGUAGACCCCCCCACAGCAGUGAAGAGCCCCCUCCUCUUUGGUGCAGGCAGAUGUGCAAGUGAGUGUUUCCGAAUUGCAGCGUCCCCAGAUUCCAAUCCAUCCCCAGAUUUUUUCCAUCCUUGGUUUCCACGGUCGUUGAAAUCCACUUGAUUUUCGAGGUCGAGGCGGGACCUGUGACGAAGACCCCCUCCCCCAAGAGCCUCUGCACUGUGGUCUUUUGGCUCAGAUCUGAUCUGUCCCCCCCCCUCCUUCCCCCCCACGAGGCAUUUUCUUAAACCUGUACAUGAAUCGAUUUAGAGAUUUAGAGGGACAGGCUGUCCUUUUAGCCGCGGUAUAUUCUGAAAUGUCUCAUAAAUAUAUUUUUGAAUAAAGUGGGUGUCACUCGGUGGGCAAGAAGCUG